AAGAGAGUUUGUACGGCCGUCUCCUAUUGGUGAAGUCUGUGUGUAUCUCUUUCUCCCCCUUCCCCUUGUCCCGAAGACGCCGCCGUUGCCAAAUCCCAAAUCCGCCGCGGAGCGAAAGGGUGGGAGAUCGGAGGAGAAGAAGGAAGAUGGUGAAGGUGGCGACCUACUUCGCCAUGACCUUCGGCGCGUUCCUCUUCUGGCAGUCCAUGGACAGGGUCCACGUCUGGAUCGCCCUCCACCAGGACGAGAAGAAAGAGAGGAUGGAAAGGGAACAGGAGAUAAAGAGAAUGCAAGCUGAGCUAAUGGCCCAAGCAAAGGAGAGUGAAUCAUGAUUAUCAUUUGGCAAUGGUUUUAGUAGUUGCUUUGUCAAAUUUCUUCCUUGGAAUGUACUUUCCAAGUGAUAAUGCUUGGCUGAUGUAUUCUCCACAGCUCCAAUAAACAAGAGAUCUUAUAACUUUUUGUCAAAUGCAAGCGGCUAAGCUCAUGAUGAGUUAUUUGCAGUUUGUAUUAUACAAAAGAGCAAAACAUGCAGCUCCAUUUCCAUGGUUUGGCGUGAUGUUUAGUAUCGAUUUCAUAGAUGUUUCAGCUGGUCAGUCUUUUUGGUGAAACAAAUGUCUAAUGUUUAGAACAA